ACCUAUUUAAGAACCACCACCAUUGACCGCUUUGUAUGGUUUCAUCAUCUAUGGUUGGAGUGGCAGCAGCAGCAGACAGGGAGCCCCGCCUCACAAAAUAUUCAACAUGGUUUGGGGAUUUGUUACCUGUGGGCCUAACGAGGCAUUAGUAAUUUCAGGAUGUUGCCACAAAAAGCCUCUUUUGGUCCCUGGUGGACGAGCAUUCGUUUGGCCCACUGUGCAGCAAGUACAGAGGAUAUCGCUCAACGUGAUGACACUUAAUGUUGAGUCUCCACGGGUCUACACAGCACAAGGCGUACCAAUCUCAGUGACGGGCAUUGCACAGGUGAAAGUGCAGGGUCAGUAUGAAGAAAUGCUGCUGGCUGCAUGUGAACAGUUUUUGGGCAAAUCUGAGUCGGAGGUUCAAGAAGUUGCACUGGAGACAUUGGAGGGACACCAGCGUGCCAUCAUGGGAUCCAUGUCUGUUGAGGAGAUAUACAAGGACCGUAAGAAGUUCAACCAAAAUGUUUUUGAAGUUGCAUCCAGUGACUUAAUAAACAUGGGUAUCACUGUGCUCUCGUACACACUCAAAGACAUCCAUGAUGAUGAGGGAUACUUAGAUGCUCUGGGUAUGGCCCGUACUGCUGAAGUGAAGAGAGAUGCACGUAUAGGUGAAGCAGAAGCAACAAGGGACUCACAGAUCAAAGAAGCAAUUGCUGAGGAAGAACGUAUGGCAGCUAAAUACAUAAACGAUACUGAAAUUGCCAAGGCUCAACGAGACUUUGAAUUGAAGAAAGCCACAUAUGAUAUGGAAGUUCAGGCAAAGAAAGCUGAAGCAGAACUUGCUUAUGAACUUCAAGCUGCUAAGACCCGUCAGAAGAUUAAGGAAGAGCAAAUGCAAAUUAAGGUGAUAGAGAGAGCUCAAGAGAUUCUCAUCCAGGAACAGGAAAUUCAGCGUCGUGAGAAAGAGCUGCAGGCUACUAUAAAGCAGCCAGCAGACUCUGAGAAGUUCAAGCUGGAGAAGCUGGCUGAAGCUGCUCGCAACAAGACCAUGCUGGAAGCUGAAGCUGAAGCUGAAGCAAUUCGAGUCAAGGGUGAAGCUGAAGCUUAUGCUGUGGAAGCCAAGGCCAGGGCUGAAGCUCUCAUCAUGCAACAAAAGGCUGAAGCACAGAAGGAGUACAAAGAGGCUGCCAUGUUAGAAAUGUUUUUAGAGACUUUGCCAAAGGUUGCUGCUGAAGUUGCUGCACCACUUUCGCAAGCCAAGAAACUGACUAUGGUGAGCACUGGAACUUCUGAGAUUGGUGCGGCCAAGCUGACGGGGGAAGUCAUGGAGAUCAUUACUCGCAUGCCAAACAUGGUCAAGACCUUGACUGGUGUUGAUAUCACUAAGGGCAUAUCGGAUUCCCAGUCAUCUAAAGCUGCUUGGGCAAGUCCUUCAUCCCAACGCUAAUCUUCAUUUCCUAAUUUGGAUGUGUGGAGGAUAUUUUAGAGAAAGCAUCCGUACUGUGUAAAAGAUAUUCAGGGUAUGACAGUACUUACAAGAGUGAUAUCUUCCAUCACCAAGAUUAAUGGCAAGUCUAAAGGUUGUUCAAUGUUAGACGUUUACAUUUAAAGUCUUGUAGUUUUGUUUCUUCAUGCUAAUGUGUAUGAAAAUUUAGUAUCUAAAAAUUAUGCUAAUUAGAAAAUUCAGACAUUUUGGAUAAGAUUAAAUGAAAUAUUACACAAAUUCUGUAUUACUUUUUCUUUCACAAGAAUCUUCUCACAUUUUUGACAGAAUAAGCAUCAUAUGCCUUUAAAAAUUGAAUAAUAUUGAUUGCAAAGCAAGUGUUAUAAUAUUACACUCUAGUAAAUACAGUAUGCGUGACAGCAGUCAUUGUACAGAACAUUAGUUAACUAUUACUGAGGCCUUAUCAAAACCCUAACAAUUCCUGUGUACCCAUCCAAUUUAGCAUUGCUAGAAACUACCAACCUGCUUUUUUUUUUCUAUUUCAUACAAAAUUAUGCCUUGUAGUUUAUGACUGAGGGCAUAUAUAAAAAAAAUGGAUGCUUAAUUAGCCAUCCUUAUUUUGGAUAUUUCAUAUACAGUACUGUAUAUAAUACAAAAAAUCAUUAUGUUGCAUAUGUAACAGUUUGAAGAGGAAUAGUUUGGGCCUGAACUUGUAUUUUCAGUGUUUGAUGUGCAUACUCUGCUUCUGUGCCACUGGCUUGGUAAAUGUUGAAAUUGAUCAUUGUAGUACAGUUGAUCCAGGGUCUAUUUCAAUAUAGUAUAUUUAGUAUUCUGCGUGUCCAUGCAACAGGGGUAACUUGUGUGCCUUACACUGAGGGUCACAAGCUCGAUCCAGCAGUUCUUUUUUCCUCGCAUAUUGUUACAUUUGUAAAUUUUAGUAUGCCUUAUUAGUAAUUUUUUUCCUUUAUACAACAUUGGUGUAUGUGAGAGAGAUAGAGAGAAUGAGAGAGAGAAUGAGAAUUAAAGAAUGUGAAGGCAUUCAUAUUUAUAUUCAUAUUAUACCUGAUAAUGUGAACACAAAAGAUUUAGUAUUUUAAUCUUCAUUUUUUAACAGAAGUACGUGUAUUUGAUUUGUCAAUAUGGAUUCCUGUAUGACAUCAAAACAGCCUUUUAAAAUUUUAAUGAUAAUACUGUUACUUACAUAUACUGUAUAUAUGUGGUCUUGGUGAUGUGGGCUCCAAGAGAACUCUGGCUUGUUCUGAGUUCGCUACACUGGACAACCUUUUCAAGUACUUCAUGUAAUCCACUUUCAGAGAUCAUAGUAUUUAAUAUCCAGCUAUAUCUGUGUUGUACAAGUUUCUCAUUAUGUAAAUGGAUAUAUACCUACCUUUGAAUUUCAUGUUUAGCUCAGGAUUUUAAUGUUUAAUAUUACAUGCUAACUUGUAGUACUUUUUUACACAUUUUCACUGCCAUACUUAAAUUUUAAGUUUUUCAAUUGUAUGUUUUUCUCCAUGGGGAAGUGGAACAGAAUUCUUCCUCUGUAAGCCAUGCGUGUUGUAAGAGGUGACUAAAAUGCCGGGAGCAAGGGGCUAGUAACCUCUUCUCCUGUAUAUAUUACUAAAUGUAAAAGGAGAAACUUUUGUUUUUCCUUUUGGGCCACCCUGCCUCGGUGGGAUACGGCCGGUGUGUUGAAAGAAAGAAAGAAAGAAAGAAAAAAUUGUAUGUUUUCUUUUUAGGUUUACUAAAGUUAGGUCUUUUAGUAAAUUAGGUCAGCAUAGUAUAUGUAUGGUAAUAAGACCAUGGUGCCACUUUUGGUUAAUUCUUUAUCAAAAUAAAAUAUUUCACUCUAAGGCUCCCAAGUCAUGCAGUUGCUUGGCAUUUCCCACACACUUGACCAGUGGUCAUUCCCAUCCAUCACAAUCUGCAAAAUGUACAAAAUAAUUAGAUAGCAUUCAGUGACUUUUUUGAAGUUUGAUUACACAUACUGAUACAUUGUACAUAGUAUAGUGAGUUUGGUGUCAGCAUUGUGCACAAACUCUUGGUUCUUUUUUCAUUGUAAAUGAUUGAACUUCUUAUCUCCCCCUCUUCCCAUUCUGAUAACUCCUUUGAUGUUUUUCAUAGUAGAUUAGUAAAAACUUAGAUUUUUCUGUACAAAUUUCUUAUGAUACCCAAGCAAUUAUGAUUCAUUCUUAUUUGCAACCUACAAAUCUGGAACACAUCAAGAUAGCAACAGUAUAAUUAAAUAAUAAGAAGCCUAUUGGGUUAAUGUCAUAUUAAUAAUUCAUUGAUAUAAAAAAAUACAACUGCUUUAUUAAUGUUACUUGAGGAGCACUCAAGAUCUUAGGUCAGUUUUCUACAAAAACAGCUCAGUGUGAUUACAGUACUUCAAUUUUUUUCUUUUAUUCAUUUAAUUUGAAUGAGGCUCAUUGCAUGUUUAGUGUGGAAUUAGUCACAUUUCAGGAAUUUACUGGAGAAUAAUAUAAAAUUUUCUCCCUUUAACUGUCAUGUAAGCACCAGUGACUGAAAUUGCUCUCACAACCUGUGCUCACAAAACAAAGGCCAAUGAGGUGCACAGAACACUACAACUCUAUGAAUGUUUACUACACUAUUGUAACUUUAUAUAAUCAUUCUCAUUAUCAUAAUGUAGUAAUGAUUCCUUGUGUUAAGUGUUACAAGAAGUUGAUACUAUGUACAUUUUCCUUCACAGAAAUUACAGCUUUUUUCAACUCUGAAUGUGGGUCUUUUAUCCUUAGAAAGGGGUAAUGUAUUGCAAAUUACAGUACUAUGAUAAUACAUUUGAUGGAAGAGCAUAUUAAAACUAUUUUUUUCUUCCCUAACCUUAGUUUGUAGAUUAUAUAUAUUAUAAAACAGAAUAUUAUUUUUUCCUACAUUUUUAAGUGAUUUAUAUUUCUUUUCUCUGACAGUUAAGGCACCAUGUGCUGAUAAAGUAUUGAAUGUUAUUUCUCUUACUUUUUCAUUGGUAUUCAGAUCUGGUUUAUAGAAUGAGGACUAUAUGUCUGUAAAGUAAGUAACUGUUGUAAAACUGUCUUUGUAGCACAAGUUUGGUUUCAGUUUAAUAAAAUAUUAACUAUACCAUUUAAAGUAGCUUACUAUAAAAGUUGAAAUGUUGCAUGCCAAAAUACACUAAUUCCACUUAUCAUAGCUAAUACGUAAUCUGUUUUGUAUUUUUAUGUGGGCAGUCACCAGAAAUAUCCUAGUGGAUAGGGGAAGGUUUGAUAAAAGACGUGUAUGUUAGCAAUAGAAGUGUAGAUAAAACUAAAAAUUCACUCCCAUGUGUCACAUUACUACAGAUUUUUGGUAAAUUCUCUUUUUUCAUUCACUACCUUAGUUUCAAUAGAAUAGCAAUUAUUCAGCUCAUAUUUUAUGCAAACUAGAAUGUAACAGUUAUUUUAAUUAGAUCAGAAUUCCUCACAAACUUGGGCACAAAAAGAUUUUAAUGUCCUUUCAUGAUAUUUCACCUAUACAUGUGACUUCAAACUAUUCUCCUGUCUUCUGAAGCUUUAGAUAACAGUAUUAAAGUUAAAACAAAA